AUGUCCAGCAGCGCGUCGGCAACAUCAAGGCUCUCCGUUAUGAGCAUGGCGGCCUCACUGCCCAGUGUCGGAGGCUAUUCUUCAGCAGCAUCCUCCAUCUACGCCAAACGCAACACUACCAACAUCCUCGAGCGCCAUCUCAACAAGACCCGUGGAGCCGAGGUCAGUGUCAACGCAUUCGCAUUUUUGUUCUCAGAGAUGCUCCAGUAUACCCAAAAGCGCGUGAACGGAAUUCAGGACCUUGAAAGAAAGUUGAAUGAACUUGGAUACAGGGUCGGAAUUCGAGCAUUGGAUCUAUUGGUCUGGAGGGACAAGAACAGCAAGCGCGAGACUAGAGUACUUGGAAUGCUCUAUUUUAUCCACACCACCGUCUGGAAGACCAUGUUUGGCAAGCAGGCCGACUCUCUCGAAAAGUCCACGGAGAACGAGGACGAAUAUAUGAUUUCGGAUAACGAUCCCAUGGUUUCUAGAUUUAUCUCUGUCCCUAAGGACGUCUCUCAGCUCAACUGCGGAGCUUUCAUGGCAGGAAUCGUCGAGGCUAUCAUGGACGGCUGCCAAUUCCCUUCUCGUGUGACAGCUCACACGGUGCCCAUAGAUGGGUUCCCUCUCCGGACAACCAUUCUCAUCAAGCUUGACCGGGAAGUUUUGGACCGCGAGGAGCAAUUAAAAUAA